AUGGUGAUAAAAACCGUUCAUGUUGGAACGGUGGGCAGCACCGUGGCAGGCAUCUGGCUGCUGCUACUGGCGGGGCUGUGGGGGCGCGCUUCUGCAGGUAUCCUGCUGGCGCAGUACCCCGGCCCCGACAAUCUCCCUGAACGCUUUUGGCAUAUGGCCAUCGAUCAGAAAACUCAGAGAGUCUUCGUGGGCGGCACGAAUCGCCUGCUGCAAUUAGACGGCAACCUCCGAUUGGAGCACAUCGUCACAACCGGCCCCAAAAACGACAGUCCCUCGUGUCAUGCCCUCGGAUGCAACGAUCCAACCAUACCUCUAUCUCUAAUGGAUAACUUUAAUAAAAUAUUACUGAUCGAACCUGAAUCACGAACAUUAAUAUCAUGCGGGUCGCUAUCGCAAGGUGCUUGUUUUAAAUAUAAAUUAAGUAAUAUCUCCGCUGAUCCGCAGUUUAUUCCGAAAAGUAUCGCAGCUAAUGAUGCGAACGCAUCUACUUACGCUUACAUCGGCCCUAAAAAGUAUAACGUUUGGGGGCGCUCUAACAUCUUGUAUGUUGGAACAACGUUCACGAACAACGGUGAUUUUCGCCAUGACGUGCCGGCUAUAGCGAGUCGUGAUUUAGAAACGCUAGAAAUCGCUGAAUUGACAUUUAGUAAACAGUCUCUGUUGAGUAUUGACGUUAAAUAUAGAGAUCAUUUUAUUGUACAGUACGUAUACGGUUUUAAUGCUAGUGAAUACGCCUACUUUGUUAUUGUUCAAAAACAGUCGCAUUUGCCGGGCCAAGAGGAGCAAGGAUACGUCUCGCGCCUUUCCAGGACUUGCAUAAACGACGCUAAUUACGAUAGUUACACCGAAGUAACUAUACAAUGCGUCGACGGCGAGACGAAAUACAACAUCGUGCAAGACGCUAAAAUCGCGUUCGCCAAAGAAGAAUUAGCAUCCGCCUUGGGUAUAACGGUUGGUUCUCCGGUACUGGUAGCUAUCUUUCGGCCGUCUAAGGGGAUAACGAACGAGCCCCAGAACCAUUCCGCGCUGUGCAUGUACCCGUUGCGCGACAUCGAAGGGAAAUUCAUCGAGAACAUUCACAUGUGCUUCAACGGCAGCGUCAAGUACCGCAACAUGGGCUACGUCUCCGGGCCUAUUUUGGACGGAAAGUGCCCUAGCAGCGGCUCCGCCGGGAACAUUCCUAACUUCUGUGAAGUCGGUUUGAAGAUCAGCGGCGUCACGCCGUUGGUAGGCGCGGCAGCUCUCACUUUCCCCAACAUUUCUUUGUCGGCUGUAACAGUCGGAUCGACGGGCAGGCACGUGUUGGCCUUCCUUGGAACGACAGACGGAAGGAUCAAGAAAGUACUGCUGUCUGGUCCCGAACCGCCUGAGUACGAGGAAGUGUUCGUCGACGAUGGUAAUCCCAUUUUACCUGAUACCACGCUAUCUCCAACCGGCGAAUUCCUAUACGUUUUGUCAACGGCUAAAGUUUCAAAAAUCAACGUUGAACAUUGCAGCACUUACACAAAUUGCUCGUCUUGCCUGGAAUCCAAAGAUCCUUACUGCGGGUGGUGUUCGCUCGAAAAAAGAUGUACUGUUCGAGGGGCCUGUCAAAAGGCGUCCCACAGUCCACCGCGUUGGCUUUCGCUCGGCACGGGUCAGCAAUGUAUCGAUUUCGAGCAAGUGUUCCCGGAGAGGAUUCCAAUCAAUCAGAUGACCAACGUGCGUUUGACGAUCAGGACUCUCCCUGCCCUUCCUCCUGGUGCUAAAUACAAGUGCGUAUUCGGUAACGCCGAGCCCAUCGAUGCAGAGGUGACUGAAAACGGUUUGUACUGCUUCACGCCGGAAAUAUCCAAACGGCCGAGGAUAUCGCCUAAAAUGGAUCACGUGUUGGUGCCCUUGAGCGUGAGGUCUUCUGAAACCAAUAAGGAUUUCGUCUCCAGGAAUUUUGCUUACUACGAUUGCGGAAAGCACACUACUUGCGGGGAAUGCGUGAAGUCCAAGUGGGCUUGCAACUGGUGUGUUUACGAAAACAAGUGCACUCAUAAUAUAUCAGUUUGCCAAAGGAACAUUAUUAGCGGGGAAAAUAAUCCGACGCAUUUGCCCAUGCACGGAUUCGCUUUCUGUCCGCAAUUCAAGAGAAAGAACGAAACCGUUUUGCUGCCCAACAACGUAUUGAAGAAGAUUGUUUUUGAGGUCAGGAACCUGCCCAAUCCAUCAUCCGUUCACACCGGAUUUCAGUGUAUAAUAGUCAUAGAAGGUGCCACCAUGCUAGUUCCGGCUACAGUAGAAGGCGAAAACGUAAUCGUUUGUGACCAAACCACGUAUUCCUACGAAGCUAAUGAAGGAGAAUACGAAGCGACGGUAAAAGUCGUGUGGAACAGAAACCAUCACGUCGACUCCAUGAACGUAACACUGUAUAAAUGUGAUAUCCUAGGCUCUCACCGGGAGCACGCCGAUUGCUCUCUUUGCGUAACCAGAAACUCGAAAUACAACUGCACUUGGUGCGGCAAUUCGUGCCAGUACUCCGAAUCCUGUCAACAUACACCCCAUAUCGAAUGCCCGAAACCUAGAAUCGACAUGAUAAAACCAUUGAGCGGGCCCAUCGAAGGAGGUACGUUAGUCACGAUCGAGGGCAGCAAUUUGGGAUUAAAGAAAGAGGACGUUCAAGGGAAAAUUAAAAUAGGUCAAAUACCUUGCGUGCUGGUGACUUACGACGUGUCCGUGCGCAUUCAAUGCGUUACGGGGCCCUCGAAAAUCGAGAUGAUAGCGCCGAUACGGGUCGGAAACGAAGCCGGUUAUACAACGUCUUCGGUCGAGUUUAGUUACAAGGAUAUAAGGCUAUCGGGGAUAUUCCCGCCGAUGGGGCCCCAAUCCGGAGGUACUCAACUCGCGAUUACCGGGCAAUACCUGAACGUUGGUUCGGAAAUCAUGGCGUAUUUAGACGAUUAUGUUUGCCAAGUUAAUUUAACGCAAGCCUCUAGUGGGAGAUUAACUUGCAUUACGUCCAGAGCUCAUCGACCUGUCAUGGUUUCUCGAUUAACUCUGAGUAUCGAUGGGGCCAAUCGCACCCUAGACGGCAAUCCCUUCAACUACACUCUAGAUCCCACCAUAAUGGAAAUCAAACCGUUGAACAGUUUCGUGUCCGGUGGAAAGAUGAUAUUCGUACACGGUACGAAUUUAGAUAGUAUACAGAAGCCUGAAAUGGAAGUUUAUGCGUUAGACGAUUCCAAGGCUCCGAUUAACAGGACCAUGUGCACCGUCUUAAGCAGUACUCAGAUGGAAUGUCCGAGUCCUCCUGUGAACAAACAAUUCAGCAUUUACAGCAGCAGAAGGCCCAGGUCGCUAGGAAAACCAGCAGCUAUUAAGAUGAAAGAACCGAAACUAAACUUAAGGAUAGGCUUUCUUAUGGACAACGUGCAAUCGGUCAGAGAUUUGGAGAAGCAUUUUCCGAAUCUCAGAACGCAAUUAUUAUACGUGGAAGAUCCGAACUUCUUCCAAUUUCCGAAUCAAAUAAAGUUGUAUCAGGGUGAUAGACUUGUGAUAGAAGGUGAAAAUUUGAACGCGGCUAGUGAAGAGUCCGAUGUUGUGGUGACCAUCGGCACGAAAUCCUGCAAUGUUACUGGUUUGGCAAUGGUCCAGCUCGUGUGCGUUCCACCCGAACACCAACCUUUAGGAUCCGACGAAAAUGGCUUUAAGACUGAAAAUAACCUUCCAUUAGUAGUAGUUAGAGUAGGAAGAAGUUUAAGAUUCCCAAUUGGAUAUUUGCAAUACGAUAUAUUCAAAACGUUUACGUUUCCACCGGAGGCCAUUAUAAUGAUAGCUGUCGGGACGAUAUUAUUCGUUUUGUUCUUUAUCGCCGUGUUAAUUGUUUAUCGAAGGAAAUCCACUCAGGCCGAGAGGGAGUAUAAAAGGAUACAAAUCCAAAUGGACACGUUAGAAAGCAAUGUUAGAUCUGAAUGUAAACUAGGUAUUCAUAUGCUUUUAGCAUUCGCCGAACUGCAAACCGAUAUGACUGAUCUCACUGCCGAUUUGGAAAAUUCCGGUAUUCCCACCCUGGAUCACACCAGUUACAUUAUGAAAGUAUUCUUUCCCGGAGUCAGCGAUCAUCCUAUCCUCAACGCACCUAAGGCCCGAUUAAAUGGCCCGAGAACAAAUUACGACACAGCCAUGUUGCAAUUCGAGCAAUUAAUUAAUAAUAAAUAUUUUGUACUCACAUUUAUCGAGAUAUUAGAGUCACAGAAGUCGUUUAAUAUUAGAAAUAAAGUAAACGUAGCGUCCUUACUGAUGGUAGUUUUAAUGAGUAAAAUGGAAUACGCUACCGAUAUUCUUAAGUGUUUAUUAUUGCGUCUAAUAGAUAAGUCUGUGAACACGAAGCAUCCGCAGUUAAUGUUAAGGCGAACCGAAAGCGUCGUGGAGAAGAUGCUAACAAACUGGAUGGCCCUUUGCAUGUACCAUUAUCUCAAAGAAUAUGCAGGCUCGUCCCUUUUCCUCCUAUUCAAAGCCAUCAAACAUCAAAUUGAAAAGGGCCUAGUUGACGCUAUAACACACGACGCCCGGUAUUCCUUAUCGGAGGAAAGGCUUCUCAGAGAAAACGUCGAAUACAGUGUUGUGACUCUACAUAUAGUUCAAGAUGAUCUAGACGAGAAAAUCCAAUGCAAAGUUUUGGAUUGCGACACAAUCAGUCAAGUGAAAUCGAAGAUUUUAGAUGCAUUGUUCAAAAACACUCCAUUUUCAUUAAGGCCUUCCAUCUACGAAGUGGAUUUGGAAUGGAGGCACGGUCGAGGCGGUCAUUUAACAUUGCAAGAUGAGGAUCUGACGACCAAAACGCUCGGCGGUUGGAAAAAAUUGAACACUCUAGCUCACUACGGAGUAAAGGAGAGCGCUGUCAUGUCUCUGAUUUCCAGGCAAAACGACAGCUUCAACAACUGCAAACAGCCCUGCCACAAUUGCGUCACGGGCAUGUACCUCAACAAUUCCCAAUCGCCCAUCAUAGCCACCAAUGGCGACGUGGAAGCCGGAAACAACCCCAGGAUAUAUCAUCUAGUCAAACCCAUUGAUGACCAUCAAUUUCCCAGCAACAAAUCGGAGAGGACGCACAAAGCUAUCCCGGAAAUAUUCCUGACGAGGCUGCUGUCGACUAAAGGCACGAUACAGAAGUUCGUCGAUGAUUUCUUCCUGACGAUUCUAACCGUUAACGAAGCUCUGCCGCCGGCUGUAAAAUGGCUGUUCGAUUUGUUAGACGACGCCGCCAGGAAGCAUUGCAUCCAAGAUCCGGAAGUAGUGCACGCAUGGAAAUCAAAUAGUCUUCCUUUGAGAUUCUGGGUGAAUUUUAUUAAAAAUCCCGAUUUCAUAUUCGACAUCAAUAAAACCUCCACGCUCGAUUCGUGUUUGUCUGUCAUUGCGCAGACUUUCAUGGAUUCCUGUUCCACCACCGAACACAGACUAGGCAAGGAUUCCCCGUCUAACAAACUACUCUUCGCUAAGGAUAUUCCGAGAUACAGGGAGAUGGUGUCACAAUUUUAUAGCGACGUGGCGAUGUUACCAGUGAUAACAGACCAGGAAAUGGGUUCGGCUAUGCAACAGUUAUCCGCACAACAAGCUGAAGAAUUCGACACGAUAGCCGCUUUAAAAGAACUUUACAUAUACGUCACUACAUACAGUGAUCAGAUCAUUGAGGCACUUCAUACAGACCCGAAUUGCCGGCGUUUGCACCUGGCGUCGAAACUGGAGAACGUCGCCUUUACAUUAGGGGGGGACGAGAACGCGACGUGCUGA